GUCUUUAUCGGGAUAUGUGUUGUCGUCACCCAUUCUCAGCCAUCUUGUUGAAACGGAGAGAGCCACACACCUCGAAUAUAAACCCUGUGCUGUCAGUAAAAGCAGAGAAGUUCUAGAAAGAAUGGCAGAAACUCAGACACUCAACUUUGGACCAGAAUGGCUCCGGGCCCUGUCUGGGGGUGGCCAUGGGGGUGGUAGCAGCAGUAGCGUUGCCACCUCACCACCACUCUCUCCUGCAUUGCCAAAGUAUAAACUUGCGGACUACCGCUAUGGGAGAGAAGAAAUGCUAGCACUUUAUGUCAAGGAUAGGGAGAUCCCUGUAGACCUACAUGAUAAAGAUUUUCUGCCCAUUUUACAAGAGGAGCCCCUGCCACCGCUGGCACUUGUAGCUUUUACAGAGGAAGAGCAGAGAAAUUUCUCCAUGUCUGUAAACAGUGCAGCGGUGCUCAGGCUGAUGGGGAGAGGAGGGGGUCCGGUGGGGCCAGGGGCACCGAGGGGUCGAAGUACUUCACGGGGAAGAGGACGGGGUAGAGGAGACGGAGGGUUUUACCAAAGAAGUUUUGAUGACGUGGAGGGAGGCUUUGGCCGCGGAGGCAGGGAGAUGCACCGCUCCCAAAGCUGGGAGGAGAGGGGAGACAGAAGGUUUGAAAAGCCAGGUCGAAAAGAUUCAGAAGUUGCUCCUGCCCACUUUCCGAUGAAUCAUAUCCGUGCUAACUACGAGGAUGUUGGGACCGGCGUGGGAUGCCUGCCUGUGAGGAAGCACGAUUUUACACGCUCGGAGAGCGAGAACUGGCGCACGUCCCGUGACGAAGCAAAUGGUGAGGACGGUGACGAGGGGGGCUGGCUCCUGGCGGGUGCCUCGCGACGCGACCGGUGGUGCCCCCCGAGUCCAGACGUGCUGCGGUCGGCAGUGCGGCGAGAGGUGCACCCGGGGGAGCAGCCACGGCAGCGCCGGUUCCCGUUCGACGCCAGAGAGGACGAGCGCGGCUACAGGCGUCCCCGGUCAGGCAGUGGCAGCCUGGAGGAGGAUGGGGGCAGCCUGCCAGAGUGGUGCCUGGAGGAUGCUGAGGAGGAGACGGGCACCUUUGAUUCCUCCGGAGCCUUCCUCUCGCUCAAGAAAGCUCCCAAGGAGCCCAUCCUGGAGGAGGCAGAGCUGGACUUCAGACCCCUGGAGGAGUGUGACGAGGGCCUUGAGGAGGACGGACAGCCCCGGGAGACCAAAAACCCAGACGGAGAGGCAAGAAGAGACCCCGACAGAAAACAGAGUGUGGGGAGAGGGGUAGUGGAGGCGCCGCCUGCUCCCUCGCCUCCAGAACCCCAGCCCUCCGCCCCUCUGCUGCCCCCCAGCCAGCCCGACAGAGCAGAGGAGCCUGAGAGGCCACUUGAGCGAACCCCAGCCCCGGAACACAGGCCAGAGGUCAACAAAGUCCCCCUGCACGUCCCCAUGUCGAUGCCCAUGUCCAACACAAUGCUGGAGUCCCUCCCCAUCCCCCACACCGCAGCACACACUCUCACAGUGUCUCCAGUGUCGGCCAAGUCGUCCACCAUCCAGAUGCAGCAGAAGCCCCCGGACGUGCCCGUGGCUAUGCCCGUCCCGCUGCCCUUCAGCACCAGCCUCAUGGCUCAGAGCACGUCUAUCAUGACCCCCAACAUUAUGGCCCCCAGCACGGGCCUCAUGGCUCCUAUUGGAAGGCCCACGGUCAUGCCGCCACACCACACCAUGGUUGAAGAUGAGAGACUGAAGCACUUUGAACAGGAAGCAGAGAAGAUGGUGGCGUAUCUACAGGACAGUGACAACCGGCUGGCUGCCAAGAGCUCAGCACCCAAACCAGCUGGCCUGCCGCUCACACACGAGGCUGCUCUGAAGUGGUUCUAUAAAGACCCCCAGGGAGAGAUGCAGGGUCCGUUCAGUAACCCGGAGAUGACAGAGUGGUUCCAGGCAGGCUACUUCACAAUGACCCUGCUGGUGAAGAGAGGCUGUGACGAGGUCUUCCAACCCCUGGGGGAGAUCAUCAAAAUGUGGGGCAGGGUCCCCUUCGCCCCUGGACCAGCACCGCCACCCUUACUGGGUGACGCUGGGGACCAGGAGCGUCUGAAACUGCAGCAGGAGCUGACUGCCCUCAACCUGUACCAGCUGCAGCAGCUGCAGUACCAGUACCUGUUGAGGCAGCAGUACGCCCAGGCCCUGGCCCAGCAGAAAGCCCAGGCCCUCAGCUCAGCACCACACCAGCAGCAGCAGCAGCAGCAGCAGCAGAUCAACCUGCUCCUCCAGCAAUACCAGGCCCUCAAGAUGAGAACAUCCGAGAAUCUCUUACCUCCGGUGACGCGGUCCAUGUCUGUACCAGACUCCCAGGGUUCUGUGUGGGAAAUGCAGCACCCCACCUCUCAGGUCUCUUGCACACCAAACAUCCAGCAACCUGCCCCAAGUGCGUGGGAGGGCAGCAGUGUGUGGGAUCUGCCCAUAGACUCCAUGGCCCAGGCCCCCACCAUAGAACAGAUGCAACAGCUGGAGAAGAGCAAGGCUGCUAAGGUCUCUCCUCCUCAUCUACUGGAGAUGGAGCGGCGUGAGGCUGAGCUGAGGGCCAAGAGGGAAGAGGAGGAGAAGGAGAGGAAAAGACUGGAGGAAGCGUUACGGGCCCGACAGGAGGCGGAACGCAAACGCCUGGAGGAGGAGCUAUCACGUCAUAAACAGGAGGAGGAGUUGAGGCAGCGGGAGCAGGAGGCACAGCGCAGACAGAAGGAGGAAGAGGAACGGCAGGCACAGGAGGAGGCCCUCCGCAGACUGGAGGAAAGGAGGAGGGAGGAGGAAGAGCGGAAGCAAAGGGAAGAGUUUCUCCAUAAACAGGAGGAGGAGCGCCGGAAGCAGGAGGAGGAGCGCCGGAAGCAGCAGGAGGAGGAGCGCCGGGAGGAGGAGCGCCGGAAGCAGGAGGAGGAGCGCMGGAUGCAGGAGGAGCUGGAGGCCCUGAGGAGGUGCGAGGAGGAGAAGCGGCUGGAGGAGGAGGCGGUGGCGGCCGCGGUGGCGUUGGCACGGCAACAGCAGGAGGAGGCGAAGAGGAGGGAGCAGGAGGCGGCGAGGCAGCAGGAGCUAGCCAGACAGAGGCAACAGCAGCAGGAGGCGCUCCGCCGACUACAGCUGCAACAGCAGCAGCAACAGCUAGCCCAGAUGAAGCUGCCGUCGUCCUCUAAGUGGGGCCAGCAGUCAGCAGUCACGGCAGCAGCCAUCUCCCAGUCCCAGAACGCCUUGUCGCUUGCUGAGAUCCAGAAAGUGGAGGAGGAGAGGGAACGACAAGCACGAGAAGAGCAGCGGCGCCAGCAAGCAGAGCUCCUAAAGCUCCAGCAGCAGCAGGCCCUGCAGGASGCCCUGCAGCCUCAGGCCAAGCUCUCUGGUUGGGGCAGCGUGGCCAAGCAGCCGGCCGCCACCAAGUCCCUGCUGGAGAUCCAGAGGGAGGAGGCCCAGCAGGUGAAGCAGARGAAGGAGCAGGGGGKUGGGAGCCAGCAGCCMAGUCACCCCACCGUCACCCAGCAGAACCGCGCCCAGAACAGAGCUACCACUGCUCUGAGUUCCUCAGUGUGGGGCUCGGUGGCCACCAGCAGCAUGGGCGGCGGGGCUCCUAACUGGGGCGGGGAAAGCAGCAGCAUCUGGGGCGACAGCACAAACUCCAACAUGGGCUUCUGGGACGAGGCGGUGAAGGAGGCGGCCCAGCCCCCGCCACAGGCCCCACCCCCCACCAGGAAGCCCAACGCUCAGAAGAACAACAAGGCCAACGCCAACCUCAGCAGUCGGGCCAAUAAGAAGGUGGAGGAGGAGGAGAAGCUGCUGAAGUUGUUCCAGGGGGUUAAUAAGAGCCAGCAGGAUGGCUUCAUGCAGUGGUGUGAGCAGACCCUGCACACCCUCAACACCGCCAACAACCUGGACGUCCCGACAUUUGCGUCUUUCCUGAAGGAGGUGGACAGUCCGUACGAGGUGCACGACUACGUGCGCGCCUACUUGGGGGACACAUCCGAGGCUAAGGAGUUUGCCAAGCAGUUCCUGGAACGCCGUGCCAAGCAGAAGGCCAACCAACAGAAAGAGCCCCAGGCCCCACAGAACCAGCAGCCGACUCUCAAACAGCGACAGCAACAGCAGGAUUCAGURUGGGGCGUGAGCGGGACGGGCUCUCAGACUCGGUACCAGUCGAACCACACAAGCCUCCAGCAGCAGGCACGUUUCGAGACCGUCACCUCAGGGAAGAAGAAGAAAAAGCAGAAGAUGGUCCGGGCAGACCCCAGCCUGCUAGGUUUUUCUGUGAACGCGGCGUCUGAGAGGUUGAAUAUGGGCGAGAUAGAGACGGUGGAGGACUUUUAAAGGGACUGCUCUGCCGCCACUGACUCAAUCCGUUUUGAACAGCUGUCAUUUUACCCGCCCACGCGUCCCGUCCCCCACCUCCCCGUCCCAAUCCCUUUUAUUUUUUGAAAAUGCAUCCUCUUUCUGUUCUGUUUAAGUUAAUUUAAUGUUUGUCAUUGGAAGCUGGGGAUGCUUUCCAGUGCCAAAGGACCCCCACCCAAAAAACAUCCCUAAUGAGUAUUUUGCCCUAUGGGAGACCGGGAGAAGGCUAAUGACGCAGCCAGACAAUCAAACGGAACAUUCACGCAAUGAAACAUUGAACGAACUGACCMAAAAAAUCUAUGAAUUGAAAUCUGACUUCUCUCGGAGAAGAGAGCAGAGCUAAGGGGAUGAGGAGGAUGUGGAUGUCUCUCCCCGUCUAUGGUUGGCUGUUCAAUUCCCUUCUAGUCUCUGGUGUCUGAAAGUGCCCAAAAAGAGAGGCCAUUUCCUGAUGCAAUCAUCUCCCCAUGGAAUUUUUUUAACGCGUGGACAUAAGGGUGGGGAUGCGGGGGGAUUUUCGGUGRAAAAAAAUUGGCAGUUAAACCUUUUUUUUUGUUUUUUAUUUAUUGAAAGUUUUUCCUCCCCCUUCCAUUUUGUUAAAUUUUCUCUCCUGUUUUCUGCCAGUUGUUUGUGGAUGAUGGUUGCAUUGUAGGAGCUAAGGAUGUGUGGCCGCUGAUGUCCUGUUUUAAGGACAUGUUCGAAAGUUCCAAGUAGUUAUCCAUUUCUUGUAAAAUACUAGGCUGUUUAAAGAAUAAACUUUCAAUUCUGCAUCUGUAUUAUAAUAUAUGAAAAUGAUGAACUACUGGAGUCAUACUUUUCUAUUGCGGUAUGAAAUAAAACAGUCUCUUGUGUGGGCUGUUCACACUUC